AUGGUGGACCGCCUGCCCCAGCAGAGCCUCCAGGCUUACACAUUGUCCCUGUUCUUGUUAAUGUACAGCACUAGUCAAUUUCUACUGAUUGCUGUCAGCAUUGACGGGUGUGUGGCCGUCUUCUUCCCACUUUGGUAUAAAUGCCACCAGCCAACAUGUUUGUCAAGUGUUGUUUGUGCACUCAUAUGGGUCCUCUCCUUCCUGCUAACUGCAGUUACCUACACUCUCAGAUUAACUGGAUAUUUUGGGAUUGAAGUAUAUUUACAAUGUAUUGUGAACAUUCUGCUUUGCCUUCCCAUCAUGACUGUUACCACUGUGGCCCUGUUCAUUAAAUUCCGUUUAAAAGCUCGGCAGCAUCAGUGGAGGAAGCUUUUGACCGUCGUCUUGCUCACACUUGUCUCCUUCCUUUUCUUUGGUUUUCCAUUAAAUACCAUUCUAAUCCUCAACUAUUUCAUUCCCAAUGUUUCGUCAAUAUACCUAGCAUACACUGCAAUUCUAUUAGCCUGUCUAAAUAGCAGUGUAAACCCUGCUAUUUAUACCCUGGUUGAGAGACAAAGGAAGUCCAGAUGUAAGCAAAGCAUGAAGAUGAUCCUCCAGAAUGUUUUCAAGGAAGAAGAAGGCUGUACUGAGAGUAACCCCAGCUGA